CCCCGCCCCGCCGAGGCGCCGCGCCCGCCGCUCUCCCUCCCGCUGGCCGGAGCCGGCGCGCCCCGGCCCGCCCUCGCUCCUGUGGCAACCGGCCCCUACCUGCCUCGGCGCGGCGGCGGCGGUCAUGAGGGCGGCGAGCGGAGCGCAACCGGCGGCGGCCGCAGCCGAGGAGGCGGGCAGCGAUGUCCGCGGCGAGGCGGCGGUAGGCGGGCAGCCCUGGAAGAAAUCUGUGCAUGUUGAGCCAUCUAGGAGAGUUAAAGAAAUACUUGAAGAAGAGCUUUAUUUUGGGAAGGAAGCAUGCUAUGUUAAACACCCAGCUGCAGUGGCUCUGGAAGGAAUUUGGAGUGUGGAAAAGAGUUUCUACAUUGGAAGCCUGAAACCAGUGUCACAGAACAGAAACAGUUUACUUUUACAGCCCCAAUUCUACUCAAGGCAUGCAAGAAUGAAAAAUUGCUGAACUUUAGUGCUGUGAAGACCUGAGCCUGUUUUGAUGCGUUGAAUCAAACAUCAGAAUGACUAGCUAGCUGCCUUUGGAAAUGUAGAUCUGUAUUUCUAAGAUUUUAAAGAAAUUUCUGCUUGGAUGGGGGGAGCUAUUUUAUCUUUGUUAUUGUUUUAUUCAUAUCCUCGUGCUGCCUUUUAAUCUGAUGUUGUAGUAGUCAAAUCUGAUCCAUAUUUCAGCCAGUGAUGAAAAUGUCACAAUCCAAAGAUUACAAAAUGUUGUUGCAGACAAAAAUGUGCUGCUGUGAAACCUGAUGUUUUCGUAGGCUUCUCUGUUGCAAAGUGAUCCUAAGUUCCAGCAGAAGAUUGUAAUGUGAUUGAAGAGAUGCCUUAAAAUGGCUUAGGCUGAGUCCAUUCAUUAAACAGAGCAGUUCAGAAGCCAAGAGUUUGUGAUUCAAUGUCUAGCCUGAUUUAAUAAAAGUUUAACAUAAUAA